GCCGCAUUCCUUUCGUCUCAUAAAUAAAAAGGGAGGGAGUGGAAUUAUUUUUGUGAAUUUUCCUUUCAUCAUCUUUAUUUCUUUCUUUCUCCAAACCUUACAUGUUUUCUCCAAAAUUAAUUGUAUCCACAUUUAAUAACGAUACCAAGGCCAAUUCUGUUAGAGUUGAAUCCCCUGCUUCUUACUUCUGUUCUACCAACCACUAUGAGCAGCAGUUGAAUAUAGAGAACAUCCGCAAAUAUUCCUUAUCGGAUGCUAUUCGCUUAGCCUCUCAAGCCAACAUGAAGCAUGAUGCUAACGGUUGUUGUGAUUGUAAUGUUGUAGCUGGCUAUUACAUUACCGCAGUACGCUAUGCUCGUGAAAGCGCUCCUGUUAUUUGUAAUCGUGAUAUGUUUGAUUUGGUCUGGCGCAUGACAAACUUGGUGCUAUCUCAUCGCGAGACUAGCAAAUACCAGUACCUGAGCUGGUAUGAGAUGAUCACGCUGGAGCUUUGGGAGUUUGCCAAGCAAUUAAAGGAUGAGUCUUAUGAAUGCGAUCAGCACAUCCCUACUUACGGUGCAAAUAUCAAACGAGGUUCGAUAGACUCGGUGACCAGUGAUACUAGCUACAAUGAAGAUGCCAACGAUGAGGAAAAUUACCGUAGAGCCAUCCGUAUCACAAUUUAUAAUUGUCGAGCCUUGGUGUAUGAACAGUCAAGUGAGCUCAACCAAGCUAUUAUAUAUUACCGAAAGUGCGCCUCUGUACGACCCACCCCCUUCGAACCUCAACAAUUCUUACAAAAAUCCGCGUUAGAUUCCAUGCAAAGGCUUAUCAGAUCUUUCCCCCAAUCUCCUAUAUCAAGACAAAGACCAAGCUAUAGUGGUUUUAUGAGCUCCGAUUCUUUAUCCACUUCAACAACUACAUCCUCUAGCUCUUCCGUUGUGUCCAGGUCUCCCAUGAACUGCUCUCAUUGCGGUAUUGAGAAAAUAACGAUGCCUGUUUGUGCCAAAUGCAAAGUGCAACCCUACUGCAGUAUACGUUGUAUGAAAUCACAUAAAGAUACCCAUAGUUCUGUUUGCGGAUCUACUUCAAAAUCCAGGUCAUUUUAAAUACUUAUCUUUGGGCAUCGCACAAAGAAAAAAAAAGAUCCUCUAUACUAUUUAUUGCACUCAUCCUUAUCUUACACUUGAAUAAUUACGACCUCCACCCCUCCUUUUUUUUAGCAAAAAAAAAAAAAAGAGAAAACUUAAGUACGACAAUACCUCUUUUCUAUCUGUACAUUUGCAUUGUAAAACCUUAAUUUUAAUAAAAUAUAAUUUACAAUUUCAUGAUUAUAAA